AGCGAGCAUUUAUAUUUCUAUUACCUAUUUUUCAUAGCACGCGCAAUUUACUAUUACAUAUUUGAAUUCAAUGCAUUUUUUGCAACACGAUAUUGCGUAUUUUUAUUUAUUUUAUUGGAUUCACACAUCCUAGAAUCAGCAGCGUAGCUCAAAGCAUGCUUUUUCUCCUCAUUCUCUCACAGGGAGCCGCUAACAGCUACGGAGUGAUCUUUGCCUGCACUUGCGGCAUCAUAGUGGCCGUCGGUUUCAGCGCCAACCUGCUGGCCUUUUCCCUCUUCGCCAAAAACAAGAGCUUCCGCAAAAACCGCCUGGACGUUCUCCUCCUCAGCAUGGCUCUGGCCGACUUCCUCACGCUCCUCCUCAUCCCCUUCACCGUCCACUCGGCGGUCAGCUUCUCCUGGCCUCUGGGCGCCACGUCCUGCAAGGUCUAUCAGUUCCUGCUGGCGUUCUCCCUGGCCGCCAGCACGUACUCCCUGUGCACCGUGUCUACGGUCCGCGCCAUGAUCAUCACCAACCCCUACCGCCCUCCGACCACGGAUCUGGUGGCGCUCAUGUUUGUUCUGGUCUGGGCUUCGAGUUUCUUUAUAAGUCUGCCGUUGCGCAUUUUCGCCACUAAAGAAAGCUUAGGCCCUGGCGUGAGCAACUGCACCGUUUGUUUGCCCACUACCCAAGAGCAUCACUACCAGGUAGUUCUCAGCCAGUUUGUGCUUUACUAUCUCGUCCCGAUGCUGGUUAUCGCCAUCAACUCGGCACGCAUCGCUCUUUUCUUACACAAGAGACCCGUUAUGUCCUUCGCAGGUUACCGGAACACAAGACGGGCGUCUCUAAUGGUGUUUUUGGCGGCUGGGACCUUCUCCCUGUGCUGGCUGCCAGGGUACGUUUUAGAGCUGUGCGUGUAUUUGGGACUUUAUCGGCACGGCCGCUCGUGGGAGACGUUUCAUUUCGCCUGCACGGUCCUCCAGUAUCUGCACCCCUGCGCCAACCCCGUCCUCUACGUGCUGCUGUCCAAACGCUACCGGCGCAAGAAGGACUGGCUGUUCAAAUGCAGCAGGAAACGAGUUCACCCGCAGGUCGUUAGCGUGACGGAGAGUUUAUGAGAGGUCGCGUCGAAACGAGCGUUCGGUUGGUUUGGGUGUAGGAGAUCUGAAUCCUCCCUCGUGCAAAACGCCUAAUUGCGCGCGUAUCAAUUGAAACCCAUGCAUUGGUCUCACACCGGAAGCAAUGUUGAACGGGACUGCACCUGAAACUACUAACGGACCACAAAACCAGAAUUUUUCAGAGUUCAGAAUACAUCACCUGAAAGCUGAAUAAAUAAGCUUUGAACUUGAAAAUGUAGAUUGUGAGGGUGCAAA